UUUUGAUUGUAGUCUCGUUUUGUUUUUCUUCUUGGUGAGGUUAUUGGUAUUUUGGGGCUCGGAAAAUGUCUAGUAUUAAAUAUUUAAGCAUUUUUCUAUUGACACUGUUGUCUGCGUGGACCAUAAUAGAGGCAGCACCAUCAUCGGGCAAAAGGACUAGAUUGCCCUCAUUUCUUAAAGUAUGUCGUCGCUCCGAUCCCCAACUAAACAAAUGUGCCCGCAAUUCAUUGUAUGCCCUGAAGGACCGUUUGGAAUAUGGUAUACCAGAACUUUAUAUUCCACCCUUGGAACCUUUGAUUAUACCAGAAAUCAAAAUGAAUCAAGAUACUGGAGCUGUUUAUCUUAAAUCCACCUACCGUAAUGUGGAACUUUAUGGCAUGUCAAAGUUCAACAUUAAAUCGUUCAACAUUGACCCAAGCAAAAUGAAAUUCACCACAGUGAUGCAUUUCCCAAAUCUAACCAUGAAUGCCGACUAUGAUAUUGAUGGUAAAAUUAUGAUGAUGCCUAUGGAAGGAAGUGGACAGUGUAAUGCCAAUUUCACCGAUGUUACGAUGACCACUGUUAUUUCGGGUGAACGUGAAAAGAAAAACGGCAAAACUUAUUUGAAGGUUAGGGACAUUAAAGUCAACUACAAAGUCGAUCGGGUAAAGAUUCACUUGAAGAAUCUCUUCAACGGCGAUAAGGCUUUGGGUGAUCGCAUGAAUGAAUUCUUGAAUGAAAAUUGGGAUUCGUUGUCUGAAGAGUUGCGCCCAUUGUUGGAAAAGGCACUUUCACGAGUGGUACGAACCUCAACUGAUAAACUAUUCAAGGCCUAUAGUUAUGAUGACUUAUUGCCCAGAUAAAUCAAAGUUUGGAAAUAUAAUUCACAAAAUUUUGUAAGCAUUUAGUAGAAGCACAAUUAUUUAUUAAUUUUUUUUAUAUCAAUCAUUUUUUCAAUUAAAU